UAGAGGAGGGUCUAGACACCAUGUGAUGAACUGUAACAGCUGAUUGGCUCAUACACUACAGACCAGUGACUAAACACCAAGGAAAUGAGCUCAGCUUUUAUCUGGAAACAGAAAGUGAAACUUAAUGACAUUCACUGUCGUCUGGAGGAGAAAUGGCGCAGCAAGUGAUUCAACUGGAUCGAGAGAAACUGAGCUGUUCAAUCUGUCUGGAUCUUCUGAAGGAUCCGGUGACUAUUCCCUGUGGGCACAGCUACUGCAUGAGCUGUAUUAAAGACUGCUGGGACACGCAGAAUGACAAGGAAGCACACAGCUGCCCUCAGUGCAGGCAGAGCUUCACACCGAGGCCUGUCCUGGUGAAAAGCACCAUGUUAGCAGAGUUUGUGGAGGAAGUGAAGAAAGCACAACUUCAGGCUGCUUCGCCUGAUCAUUCCUAUGCUGGACCUGGAGACGUGGCCUGUGACUUCUGCACUGGGAAGAAGCUGAAAGCCUUCAAGUCCUGUCUGGUGUGUAUGGUCUCUUACUGUGAGCAACACCUCCAGCCUCACUACAGUGUGGCUGCAUUAAAGAAACACAAGCUGGUUGAAGCCACCUUAAAGCUGCAGGAGAACAUCUGCUCUCGCCAUGACGAGGUGAUGAAGAUUUUCUGCCGCACUGAUCAGCAGUGUAUCUGUUAUCUCUGCUCCAUGGAUGAUCAUAAAGGCCAUGACACAGUCUCUGCUGCAGCAGAGAGGGCUGAGAGGCAGACGAAGCUCAGGGGGAGUCAGCAAAAAAUCCAACAGAGAAUCCAGGACAGAGAGAAAGACAUCAAGGAGCUUCAGCGGAGGGUUGAGGUUGUCAAUCUUUCUGCUGACAAAGCUGUGGAGGACAGUGAGAAGACGUUCACCGAGCUGAUCCGUCUCAUUGAGAAGAGAAGCUCUGAAGUGAAGCAGCAGAUCAGAUCACAGCAGAAAACUGAAGUGAGUCGAGCUAAAGAUCUUGAGGAGGAGCUGCAGCAGGAGAUCACUGAGCUGAGGAGGAAAGACACUGAGCUGGAGAAGCUCUCACACACUGAAGAUCAUCUCCAUUGCCUGAACAACUACAUCUCACUGUCACGUCUGAGCGAACCUAAAGACUUACCCAGCAUUGUUAUACGUCCUCUGCGCUCUUUUGAUGGUGUGACAGCAGCUGUGUCGGAGGCCAGAGAUAAACUUCAGGCUGUCCUGAGUGAGGAGUGGACAAAGAUCUCACUGGCAGUGACUGAAGUGGAUGUUUUACUGCCUCAAGCAGAACCCAGAACCAGAACUCAACUGCUGAAGUAUUCUAGGGAAAUCACACUGGAUCCAAACACAGCAAACAAACGUUUGUCAUUAAGUGAGAGGAACAGAAAAGCAACAUUAAUGUCAGUAGACCAGAUAUAUUCAGCUCACACAGACAGAUUUGGUGAAAGGUGGCAGGUCCUGAGUAGAGAGGGUCUGACUGGACGUUGUUACUGGGAGGUGAAGUGGAGCGGGUAUGUUGAAAUAGCAGUUGCGUACAAGAACAUUAGCAGAACAGGGACCCCUACUGAAUGUGGAUUUGGAUAUAAUGACAAAUCCUGGUCAUUACAAUGUAACAGUAGAGGUUUUACAUUCAGACAUAAUAAUACUGAUACUUCUGUCUCAGGCCCUCAGUCCUCCACAAUAGGAGUUUACCUGGAUCACAGUGCAGGUACUCUGUCUUACUACAGCGUCUCUGAAACCAUCACUCUCCUCCACAGAGUCCAGACCACGUUCACUCAGCCGCUCUAUGCUGGACUUUGGCUUCCAUAUCUACUACCUGUAGGUACAGCAGAGUUGUGUGAGCUGAAGUAGACAGGAGAUUAAAGAGAGACUCACCUGUGGUGCUGUACAUGUUGGUGUGUCUGCACUGAUCAGACAUGGGAGGUGAGACAAUGAUGAUUUUUCUUGGAUUUUAUAUUGUUUUUGUUUUUUUUCCUCAAUUUAGUGAAUAUCUUUUGUUUGAUAUGUCUGCUAAAUUUACUGAACAUUUGGGAAAUAUUACAUAUGCAAGAUGUGAAAUGAAGAAUCGGUUUUUCUCAGGCUUACUUACAUCAAGAACAUGUGGCGUGUAAAAUGUGUUGAUCAGAGACUUAAGAUUUUUAUGUCAUUUUAUUUGUACCAAAUCUUUAUGAACAUAUUUUGUGUAAUUUGAUGUUUACUUAUUAGUUUUCCAUAUUCUUCUGUCAGUACCACAUAAUGUGCCUCUGUUUUAAUGUUUCAAAUCACAUUUCCAUUUUCUUUAUGUAACCACAACCUGCAUGAAAAACAUCAGUGAAAUAUCAGUUGGUAUAGUUUCAAAAUGAACCCUCUGAAAAUAGUUUGUUGGUCAUAUCAUGUCGAUAUGUAGUAACAAAUUUAAAGAAGCAUUUAUGAAAAGUCUUUGUUCAAAACUUACAAAUAAACUUAUAAAUGAAUAGGUGACUUAUUUUUUAUAUUUUUUUUAUAUAGUAUUUUUAAAGGAAAAACUGUGUUCUUACUUUAACUGUCAGAAUAUCACCAAAACAAUUUGAUUUCCUCCAAAAUUUAAUGUAAAUCAGUCACUUUUUCAAGAUGUUGUGGGAACAGAAACACACACAGGGAGAUCAAUAAAGGCAGUCAGAUAACCUCUAUAUAUCAUGGAGCUGAUGGCUAACUUCAGCAGAAAUAGUACAGUUCUGAAAUGAUUUGAAGUUGUUCACAUGUUGGCUCUUUCAUGAAGGAAAACACUCCAAGAAAAUAUUUCAGGAGAAUGUGUUACUUUCAGAUUUAUUACACAACUUUUUUGUAACAUUCCACAACAAUCAUGCAGGAGUAAAAUGGGAAUAAUACAAAGCUUUACAGGCUUCCACCAAUCACACUUCAGGAAUAACUGGGCUUCACGUCUUCAAAAUGUGAGGUAAUAUUUUUGGAAAUCAUCGUCUACAGACAACAGACUGUGUGUUGAUUGAAUGCUGAAGAUGGUGAGAGAAAAAACACAAAUCACAAAUAAACUGAUAAAAAAAAGCAGAAAUAACUUAAACUAUCAUAUUCCUGUGCCCCGUGUCAGCACUGAUGUAACUCACAAAUAAAAAUGACAAAUAUAUCAAUAAA